AUGCAGCCCAGUGGCAGAGCCGCAGUGGCCGCAGUGGCCGCAGGGCUGUGGGUCAUGUGCAUGCUGGUCAUGGCUGAGAACCUCAGGGUGGCUGAAGACCGAGGCAUGGUGGCUCCCAGGCACUGCCUGCUGUCACACUACCACUCCCUGGAGCCCAGGGCACUGGCAGCAGUCAAGGCGCUGAGGGACAGCUAUGAGGAAGAGAGGCCGAGCUGGAGGCCGCGCAACUACUCGGUGCGCGCUCCGAAGGAUCCGCCGCGGCCCUCGUCCUGCGCUGGCCUCCGCCGCGUGGCCCGGAGCAUCGCGGACGCCCAGGCGGUGCUGAGCAGCCUGCGCAGCCCCGAGCGCUUCCCGGGCACCGGCCCGACCCUCGAGCUGCUGGCGGCCGCGGGCGGGGACGUGGAGGCCUGCCUGCAGCUGAUCCGGCCAGGCUCCUGGAGGAGGUCCCCGCGACCGACCGCGGAGGAGGCGACCCAAGCUGCCAAGGGCGCUGAGUGCCAUGCCGGGGCACAGGCUCGGGCAGACUCGCCUCGCUGCCACGAAACCACUGUCUUCUUCAACCUCCUGCGCCUGCUCACGCGGGACCGCAGGCUGGUGGCGACCUCUGGGCCCUGCAUCUGACAGCUGUCGGGCUCCCCAGG